AUGUACACUGAUCAUCAGGGCACUGAUGAUCAGUGUGCCCUGAUGAUCAGUGUAGCCCCAGCAGGGUCACCUGUAAGUGUCCAUCAGUGCCUACCAGUGCACAUCAAUGCCACAUAUCAGUGCCCAUCUGAGCUGCCUUUCAGUGUCACCCAUCAGUGCCAUCAGUGCCGCCUAUCAGUGCCAUCAGUGCUGCCUAUCAGUGCUGCCUAUCAGCGCCAUGUAUCAGUGCUGCCUUUCAGUGCCCAUCAGUGAUGCCUGUCAAUGCCUAUCAGUGCCACCUACCAGUGCCUCCUCAUCAGUGCCCAUCAGUGCCACCUAUCAGUGUCCAUCAGUGCAGCCUAUCAGUCCCCAUCACUGCAGCCUCAUUAGCGCACAUCAGUGA